AGAAAACAUUGGACAAUGUCAUCGGAACUGCCUCAUGCUGGUGAUAAGAGCGAUCCUGGCAACUCACCAUCGCAGCCACGUCGGGUUACACGCUUGCUGCUAAGGAAUGGUUCACGUGGUCCUUCACCGGAGCCAAUGCUUAAUGAUGAAGAGAAAGAUAGAGAGGUCUCAAAUACAACUGAAAAUUAUACGGUUGCAGAAGUGCCAGGUCUUGAAAACGUUGGAAGUGAGACAGUGAAUCAAUUGUUAGAAUCUACUUUCGACUCAGAGUCUAAUAAUAAUGGAUCAGGUACUACAAUGGGACAAGAUUCAAAGGGCUUGAGAGAUGAGAAUGUGAAUGCCGCUGAUCGUCCUUCUACUACUAGUACCUCGGGGCCUUUACUGCUGGACAGACAAGAGGUCGAAAAUAUAGGAAAAGAUACCGAAUCUAAUUAUAUUCCUACACAAGCUGACGAUACUAUUGCAGACACUAGUAGAGGAAAAGCUAUAUAUGGAGGGGAUACACAGAAUGACAAGAAUGCAAAUAUCCACAGGGUACACAUUCCGCAGGACAGGGACACAGAUACGGGUGAUUUGAUUUCAAGUGAAUCUGCAGAAAAUGGUGAUCCCGAUUUAAAUGAAUUGCAACCAGAGCAAUCAGCUGUAUUAAGCACAAUAUCGGAACACACCGAAGGUAAAACCUCCGGAGAAACUGGCCAGGAUGAUAGGGAAACAAAGGCUGUAAACGAUUUAACAGAAGACAAUAAUGCAGAAGUUGACUCUAACAAAACUACAAGAAGAGAAUCUUUAUCUGCAUCUGAGGAUGAAAUUCAUGCUCCAAUACAUAGACCGAUGCCUGCGGCACCCAACGAGCUGGAAGAUGAUGAACCAACAUCUACCGCCAGAGGACGCAAAAGGGCUUCCUUAAGAAAAAACGAAGAAGCGCCAUCCAAAAGGACCCACGUAGUAAAUGAUAAACCACAACCAGAAUCUACUCCAGGUACCGAAGAUGAAACCAACCCUCCAGAAAUAGGUGGGAUAAGAAGUGAAAGGGCAAAGAAACGGGUCAAUGGUAAUUUGAUAGAGAGACUUUGGAAUCCCUUGAAUUCUGAUGUAUUAAGGAUUCUUCAAAGAUUGAUGACAAUAUCAAUGGGUAAGUCAGUUGAAAGAUACUCAAUGAAGACAAAGUUUGGCCAAGUAAGAAUAAGAGAAGCCCAAAAGGCCCUAAGUAGUGGGUGGUUUGAUAAUAACAGUGCCCGGACAUUCGUAUCGAGGUUAGCUGCCUCUAACCUACCACCAUUAACCAGUAUGCAACCAACUAGAAGUGCAACGGCCGGAAGUUUAAGCGGAUCACAACUCUUAGAAUAUGAUCAAUUGGUCAAUUACAAGCAAAAAUUAGAAACUUAUUUGCUGGCGGAAAUUAGUCAACUACAAGAUUUAGAAUUACAUUACAAUAAUUUGAAAAAUAGUUAUGAACUGGAUCUAAAAUACUUGAAUGAGUUUAAAAAGACAACCUCGAUCAAUGAACAGAGAAUGCAUGACGAAAUCAUCAAGAAAAAACAGGAAUUACAACUUGAUUCUAUUGAAUCAAGUUCGGACAAUAUCAAAUUAGAUGAGGAAACAGAACACCAGCCAAUAUUGGGGUCUAAAUUCAAUGCUAACAAUGACCCUGAUACAAGAGAAGUACUCCAGCUUUUAAAUAAACAUUUAUCAAGCAUGUCAUCGAAUACUCAGGCGUUAUCUACUUUGAACGACAGAAUUGAAACGUUGUUCAAUGUUCUUGAAAUGCUAUGAUCACCUUAUUAAUUAUGUAUUAUAUAACGAAAUCAUU